UUUUCAAUGGGAUUUAAUAUUAAUUUACUUAUUCUAGUUCAACUACCAUAUUAAUUUCAUAUAACACGGAUUGCAAACAAUGGACACAAACAAAAAUACUUCAUCUGAUAAAGAUGGAAAAACAAAUGAAAACGGAAAUGAUUUGAAAACACACUGGGGAUGGGUUUGGUCUCUAGUCAUGGCAAUUUCGUUGGCAAGAAUCGGAAGUGGACUUUUUAUCUCCAUACACGGACCAACACUUCUUUCUCUUGCGGAAAACGUUGGCGAAGAGGUUAGCACAGUAUCAUGGCUAUUUGCUGGUCGAUCUGCUGGCGUAUUGGCAGGAGGAAUCGCUACCGGGUUUAUAAUGAAAAGAGUGAACGCUGUGUAUAGUUUUGGUGCGACCUGCUUUCUUUUGGCAUUGAUGGUAACUGCAACACCAUGGGUCGUUGAUCUAUGGCUACUUGUCAUAGUCGUGUUAAUAGGAGGCAUAACAUUCGGAUAUUUGGAUGCAGGAAUGCAAGCAUUGGUUUUACAAAUUUGGGGAGAAGAAAAAUCGAGACCACAUAUUGCAGCAUACCAUUUUACCAUAGCAGUGGGAGCGUUUUUUGCCCCUCUGAUAGCACAACCAUUUCUGGAAGAGCAAGACCAGCAAGAGAUAUGUCCUGAAGAUAGCGACAAUUGCAAAAUUGUACAGACAAUAGCAAAUAACAGCACAGUACCAAAUUAUGGGUCGACAGAUGCGGAAACGAGCGGGGUCAAUCCAAUUGUUUGGUCAUAUCUGAUAUGUGGAGUUGUUCUUGUGGUUGUUACUAUAAUAUUUGUUGUGUUGGGAUUGUUGAAAGUGGAAGAUCGAGUCAGGAAAACUAAAGAUGAAGUAACAGAAGAUCGGGAGGAAGAAGGAGUAUCAAGAGUUCUUGUUCUGUUUAUUCUUGUAUGCAUCUACUACUUCUUUUGCGUAGCUGGAGAGACGGCUUAUCAAAGCUAUAUCUAUUCGGUUUCAAUUUGCUCGGAACUAUGCUUCACGCCUAUAAACGGAACGUGGAUAAACUCUCUCUAUUGGCUUGGAUUUGGAUCUGGACGUUUGGUUGGAAUAUAUCUGAUGACGAAAUUCAAACCAAAGACUAUAAUUAUUGUAGACUUGUGUGGAACUAUAGCUUCUAUGAUAAUUGUAUGUAUAUUUGGAGAGUGGGUGGCUGGCAUCACGUGGGCUGUAACAUUCCUAUUCGGAUUUUUUCAAGCAACAAUCUACCCUGCUGGAGUUUCGUGGACUUCACAAUACACCAAUAUGUCUGGCCAUUACAUUUUUAUAUUCUCAGCAGGACAAGCCUUGGGUAGCAUGAUACUUCUGCCGUUUGGAGGAUUCUUAUUUCAACUAGAUCCUUUCAAUGUCAUGUAUUUGAUACUUGGGUGCACAGUAUCCAACGCAAUAUUCUUCGGAGCAAUGAUAAUAGAAGCGAAACGGCAUCACACGAAAGGAGGUAAAACGUUGGAAGAAAAUGAUUACUUUACGGAAACAAAAAUGUAGAUUUUAGUUAAGUAAAAACAA